AUGGGACUCGAUGAACAGGUUUUAUUUGAGCUGCAGGAGCUCAUCGAGGCACGAGUGCUUACAUCGAUAGAUGUGCCGGCAUCGAUUCCUCAACAUUUUCUCAACCAUAAUAUGCAUCAUAUCCACCCCUCCAAUACACAGGCAUCGCAAUGGAACAACACUUCUUUGUUCUAUGGGCCCCAAUCAAUCAGGCAGGGAUUAACGUCGACCCAGCCAUCAUCGCUGAAAAGAUCACCCGAAAAUCUGUUCUCAAAAGGGACAUUGUUGAAGCAAGGCAGGUUUGAUCACAGCGAUGAGGAAGAUGCAAACGGCGAAGCCGAAAAGGAUCCAUCACACAAUGCACCGAUGCGCAACAAUGGAUCUCAAGAUAAGGCUGCUGGAGAAGAUGUCCUUGGAUCUGAUCUUGACGACUCGGAGGAAGACAUCGAUGUCCAGGACACUGACAACAUCAUUUUGUGCCAAUUUGAAAAGUUUGAACGCGGCGAUCAUAAUAGCGCUCCAAACGAUUCCCGAUUUGCUAUGGAACAGAGCUGGCAAAUAAUGGACAUGCCAAGUGUUGAUGGCGAAAAAAACACACCAGACCAGGGGGUCCAGGACACCGAAAUGUUCGCCGAAAACGACCAGCAUGUGUGCACGAAAGAGGGCAUUGUAGCCUGUGGUGAGGGAAACCUGUAUGUGGAGGACAUUGACAAUCCGCUUGCGUCGGAAACAGGUUUUUAUGAUGCUUUAUAG